AUGGAUGCUUACGUGGUCGUUGUGGAGGAGGCACUCCAGUCAAACCAAGGCAAAGUCCUAACCCCUCCGAGGUUUAUCGUGGUUGAACCCAAGGAACCAGAUUGUUUGUUCCAAAGCGCCAAAAAGGGAGACAUAUGUCUCUCUGAAAGAAAUCUUCGUAAGGCACAAGACCAAGCAGAAGUCGUCGCUAGCCUUCAAUGCCAUGCUAUCGGAUCAACGCUAACUGGGUCCGAAUUGGGUAAUAGAUUGAAGUUUCUUCCGUAUUCGGGCCUCGUGACUGCUGUGCUGAAAGUGGGUGUCUCGGCCACUAUGAGAGAUGACAGAGAGUGGGGCUGUCGGCAGAAUGAUAUAUCGCCGAACGCAUCAGCUACGUCAGUACUUGCUGGCCACAAGGUUCUGAGAUGGGCUGUUGGUGGGAUGAACGAUGAUAUCGCAUUGUAUGGGAAAUGA